CGAAUUCUUCUCCUUAAAUGUAUAUAUCUAAUUUAUCAUAGUAAUUUUCAUGAUAUGGUAAAGUAAAUUAGAAUAUGAGUGUUUAGAUUUAUUAGAAUAUGUGCGAAAAUGUGUUUGGAUUUGUAUCGUGUAAAACUCAUUUUUAAACACAAUAAUUUUUCUAACCUAUUUCUAUGGGUUUGUAUUAUCACAGGGAUUAUUGAUUUAAAAUGAAUUCGUAAGAUAAUAAUAUAUAAUAAUAGGUAGGUGAAUAAAAAGAUUAGAAACGAUUCUUUUGAUACGUUAAAAGACUGAUUCGAUUAAUAUAUUGAUUAUUUUACAUCCAGAUGUUGAUGAUUACAUCGUAUGCCAUCUUAAUUUGAACGACAAAUUGACGAUGUUAAUUAUACUUAUAACGCUAUAAUUAGAAAUCUUGAUCGAUCGAUUGAUCUUCCUUUGUUCCGAUAUAAUCAAAUUCCAAAAUCUAAGAAUUUCCUUUGCAUUUUAUUGUAUAGAUUUCCAUAUAAGCGCACAGAAUAUAAACAUACAGCAUAUGUAUGUAAAAUAUCCAAAAUGGAGUACUCAUAAUAUUUAAUAGGUGAAACAAAUCUUUGCUUAGAUUCCUUUUUUUCAAUUGUGUUCAUAAAUGUAUGAAUUUGCAUAAAUAUAUGCAGUCUAAUAAUUAUUCAUGUUAUUACUAUUACCAUUAUUUGCGUAUGUGCAUCAAAGUUCUACCUCGUAUAAAAUAAUAUGUAUAAUUACCUUUGAACUUUGAAAACUUGCAUUAAUUUUUUUAUUUCUAUCGAAUACUUCGAAUAUUUGGCUUGCAAAUAUUACGAUCAUAAUAAUACAUUACGUAAACAUGUAUAAGAAUAUUGACCAUUAUUAUCUUGUAUGCCAAGCAUACCUCGGAACAUAUAGAUCAUGGUAACAAGUACUUGGAAAAUCACAUAGAAAGUUCGCUUUCUCGCUCACCAUUUAUCAAAGCACGUACCGCUUUAUAGAAAACGUGAGAACAGAUACCUUAAACGUACUGUAUCGUAUCUGCAGGUAAAAAUGACAAUGGAGGUUUAAACGUUUAAAGUAACGUUUACAGUGAAGGGAAAGAACGUUUAAAUUUGUUGAAUUAAAGCCGUGAAAGUAAAUACUAUGUCUCGACUCAAGAGGCAAACACAAUAGAUAGACGUUAGAGAUUUGUCAUUUGUAAGGUAUUUUGACUUUCUCUCAAUCUGCUUAAAGAUCAACGUUCAACAAUGACCUUAACGCUUCCUUUAAUUAAACUAUGUAGCAUUCAGACCGUGUAUAUACAUUUUUACUUAAAUAUACCAGUUUUUCAGUCUUUCGUUUCUGUUAGUCGAAGAGCAAUCGUUGCAAAAUACACGUCUCACUGGACCUUUGACAUUUUUUGAACAAUUUACGUCAACGUUAUCCUCUUUUGUAUUAUUUUUGAAAUUAUAUAAAUUUAUAAAUUCUAUAUUCUAGUUAUAUUUAUAAGUAUUAAGAUUAUAUAAACAAUUUCUUUUCUAAGGUUAUAUUUGUUAAAUUAUUACGUCGAAGGCGUAUUUGUUUAAUAAUGCAUAGAUACUGUAUCACUACUUUACUAUUAUACUCUGCUGUGUUGUGCAUAAAUAUUGACGCGUGGAGUUCUCUUAAAAGGUUUCGACAUCUUUGGCAACCAAAUAUUAAUCGCGUCAACGAAUCGUUAUCGCUUAAACGGGACCCUCUAAACUCUCUAAAGGGUAAAUUACAGUCGAUUAAUUUUCAAAAUAGCGCACCAAGUCAGGGCGGUAGAGAAAAACGACUUUUCCCAUUAUUUACAUUGGUAAAAUUUGACAAUAAUGUUUGCAUCGGAUUAAAUGGUGAAAAUGGUACCUGUAUCGCAGCUUCGGAAUGUUCGAAACGUGGUGGUGUAUCUAGUGGAGUUUGCGCAAAUGGUUACGGAGUUUGCUGCAUUGUGACAGUAUCUUGCGGCGAAACAACCAGCAACAAUAAUACUUAUUUCGUUAAUCCGAAUUAUCCAUCAACGUUUGACGGUACUAUAUCUUGUCAAUUAACGCUCGUUAAGUCGCAUCCAACCGUAUGUCAAUUUAGAUUGGAUUUCUUGCAGUUUAAUGUAAGAGGUCCGGAAACGACUAACCAUCAGUGCAUCUAUGAUCAAUUUAUCGUUUCUGGGGGUAAUCCGGUACCUACUAUAUGUGGAAAUAAUGCUGGCAAUCACAUAUACGUCGAUACUGGUCUUGGACAAACGAAUCCUGUUACGUUGACAUUUGUUACAAGCGGAAAUUCUUUUGCUCGAUCUUGGAAAGUACGAGUUUCUCAAAUACGUUGCAAUACUAUAUACAGAGCCGAGGAAGGGUGUUUGCAAUAUUUCACAGGGAUAUCCGGCCAAAUAAAAUCGUUCAAUUACGAUCCCAACACCGGAUUGCAACUAUCGAAUCAAGAUUACAGUAUUUGCAUUCGAAUGGAAAGGAAUUUUUGUGGUAUUCAGUAUAUGGCAUGCCCGAUUGAUGAUAAAGAUGCAGUAGUGGCAGAUGAUGGUGCCACUAUGGCAAGAAUGGCACGUAGUAAUGGAUUUACGUUAACUGGAAAUACGCAAGCAAUGCAAAUAGCAUCAAUGACAGGAGCAGCCUGUCAAACCGAUUGGUUAACGAUCCCGUGUGCGUCUAACACAGGUAGAUUACCAACCUCCAUGAUGACUUGUAUCGAUCGGAUAUGCGGCGGAACAUUUAACGCGGAAAAUCAAAAUUUGAAUGCGUCUUCUGUUAUUAGUACAGUGAAACCAUUUAGACUAAUUUUCCACACGGAUAGCGUUGAAGCGCCAAACGAUGUCGGGAACAGAGGAUUUUGUCUGAAUUAUAUACAACAACCUUGCACAACAAAAUUAAGACGAAAAUAAAAUGUAAAUGAAAUCAACCUACUAGGUUCGAAAAUAUAUGCUGUUUAAAAAUAGCUGAAAAGUUGAUGAAAUUUUGAGGAAGCCGAAGAUACGGUGAUGUGGUGAUGAGAUGUAAAACGUUUUGCUAUAAUCGAUGGAAAAAGGAUCAAGUCAAGUACGCUAUAAAAGUACACGGUCGGUUAGAGAAUCAAUUAGGUGUAAUCCAUACAUGGUUUGAACGAGUUCGAAAUACUGAGUAGCGAGAAAUGGUGUGGCUGGGACGGGUCAUUUGAAUUUAGGCGAAAUAAUUCUAUUGAAAUCUAUAUAAGCACUACGAUGAAUAAAAUCGAGUCGAUAAAAUAUAAGUUAAUAAAUACGUACUUAAGGAUCGACGAUUGAUAAAAGAGAAGAAAAGGAAGGAAAGAAAAUCAAUAAUGAAGUUUAUUGAGAAGUGAAAGGGAAACGAACCUUGGCACGGGCUUCACGAGCAGCUUCAGCUUCCGCAGCCAUGGCCCUUUGUAAUUGCACUGGUAGUCGCACAUCUUUUCUGUGGAACAAAUUUAUCGUACCUGCAUGUGUACAUAGAGUGCACGAACAAGCGGAAAAAGAUAGAGGGAGAUAAAUGCGAGUGUGAUCGAACAUCUAAUUAUAAGAUAACCGGGAAAACGAGGUUACAGCUACAAUGAAUGAAGACCGUAUAACGUUUGCAGCUAAGAAGAAGAUAGUCGAGAUAUUUUUGGUCGAAGGAAAAACAGAACAAUCCGAGAAAGUACUAUUCUCAUGUGUCUUACCUUGAAGCAAAUGAAGAGGGAAAAUGGCAUAGUAAGAACCACGAUGACCCAAGAUAAUGCGACAAGAAUAUUUUUGCAGAUCAUUCUGUGCUACGGAUGGAAAAAGUAAUAAAAACAAGCGGAGGAACAUAUAUUCACCUUGUGCCAAUUGUUGCGCGCCGUUGAAAGAACUAACAAGACUAAUGAAGAAUGUUUUAGUAAUGUCCACCUUGGCAUCGACAAUCCGGGCUUAAUCUAGAUGCUUAUCUGAAUUGGUGAAUUCUAAGAGUUCAUUCAUCAGUUAAAUGCCGAGGAAAGGAGAAAGAAUUAAUGCGAUGGUCAUACCGAUACUCGGCACGGGAGCACGCGGACUGUGAUGAGACAAUUAUGUAACGUAACAGGAUACGUUUGAAGCUUCAUUUCUAAUAAUUGAUGGGGGCAGCAACGGAAGCGAAAGUCCAAACAACACAAAAGUCCGGGCGCUAAAGUGAACGCUGCUAUAAAUGGCUAUAUUCUUGUAAAUAUAUAUCUCUUUGCGUUUAUUUCGUGUUUUCGCGAGUUGAUCUACGCAUUUUACUAUGAAUCAGAGAUAUUGUAAGAUUUUCUAUAUCUUUCUCCUAAUCUGAAGUACGACUGCUUGAGGAUUCGUACUUCGUUAUUAACACGAUAUA